AUGGACGCACUCCUCCCUCAGCUUCUCUCCUUCCCUCCUCAUCCAGAACCUGCCAAACCAAUAUCAGAUUCAGAAUACGACAAACACAUCAAGAACUUGGUUCAGCACAUCAACACAAUACCUGCAAGCAAGCUCAUCUCGGGAGUCCCUGGAGGCGGCGAUCUUCUAGAUAUCAUCGAUCCCUCGAAAAACACGCUCCCCUAUCUCUACACAUUACUCGCUCACAUCGGUGGCUCCGCUGGCAAGCAGAAGUCGGGCUCAAUAUCAGAUACAUUCCAUCCAGGAUCAGCACUAUGGCAGAAGAUGUUGGACUUCAUGGAACGCUUUGAUGAGCGUCAAAUAAGAUACGCAGGCACUGAGCUUCGGCGGCUCAUAGAUGUUACGGCAAUAAAAGCGGAGCGAGUGUCACAACCUUGGGCAGCUAUCCCUCCUAUUAGGUCCGCCAUACUGCGCGUGGACGAGUCAAGCUCCACCUUCACAUCGUCACAUACCACCUUUGCCCGCUUAUGCCUCGAAGCACGUGCUUACACCGCAGCGUUGCCCGUACUAGACCACAACAUCUUCCACUUCCCACCUACCACAAACAAACUAGCUGAGAACAGCAUGUUUCCUCACCUCUCUUCACAUCACGACUCCAGUUCGACCUUCAUCACACCAGACUCGGGCUUAUCAGCUAAGUUGGAGUACCGACAUCACCUACUCUACUUCCUUUACGGUGCCCUGAUAUUCAUGGGCUUGAAGAAAUGGAAGCGAGCACUUCUUUUCCUCGAAAUCGUCAUUAUGUCGCCUGUGGUCAGUAAUGUCAGCAAGAUCCAAGUGGAUGCCUACAAGAAAUGGGUGCUCGUCAGCCUACUUUACAAAGGACAUCCAUUGGACUUGCCGAAAACAUUAAGUCAACAGGCUACAAAGCAGUAUCACGCAAUUUGCAAGGCUUAUGAUGGACUGGCCGAGGUUUUCAAAGAUGGUAUCCUCAACGAGGAGUCUGACCAGAGACUCAUCGCUGAAGCUACUGCUGGUGAAGCGUGGUGGGCUCCAGACUUCAACCGUGGCCUCAUAGUACAAGUGAUCGAUGCCUUCCGCCAAUUUUCCGUUGUACAGCUUGGAAAGACCUUUGCCGCAUUGACGGUAGCUGACAUCGCACGUCGCACGUCACCCGAUCCCAACGAUUAUGCUGGCACUGGAGACUACGUGAUCCACCUCAUUUCUACUGGCGUUUUGAACGCUACCAUAACUCAACCAUCGAAUGAUCCAGCUUCCUGGAUCUUACGAUUUUCGGAUUCUGCAAGCGGGCCACUGUCUCGUACAGAAGAGCAGCAGCACCAACACCUGGAGAAACAAACCCGAAAGAUCAAGUCACUCAUGGAGCACAUUCGUGAAGCUGACCGAAAGCUGAGUCUCAACAAAGACUACAUUGCGGAGGCCAAGAAAGCGAAAAAGACACGCCUGAACGAUCUAGAGGGUGGCAUGGACGAGGGCCCCUGGAUGGCGCAUAGCGGUGAUGCUUAUGAGCAUGAUGAGGAUAUGAUGGCUGAUCUGUGA